UGCUGCAGGCUGAUCUGGGAGGCGGCAGCCUCUGACUCAGGACAGGUAUCACCAUGGCCCUCCUGAUACACCUGCUUGUCUGCACCUUCGGGAUGGGCUCCUGGGUGGCCAUCAACGGGAUCUGGGUAGAGCUGCCCCUGCUGGUGACGGAGCUGCCGGAAGGCUGGUACCUGCCCUCCUACCUCACGGUGACCAUCCAGCUGGCCAACGUCGGGCCCCUCCUCUUCACCCUGCUCCACCACUUCCAGCCUGGCUGCGUGUCCGAGGUGCCCGUCAUCUUCGCCGUGCUGGGUGUGGGCACUAUUGCCUGCACCCUCUUCGCCUUCCUCUGGAAUGUCACCUCCUGGGUGCAGGGCGGCCUCCGCAGCAUCACCUUCAUGGUCCUCACCUUCUUCCUGGCCCUGGUGGACUGCACCUCCUCCGUCACCUUCCUGCCCUUCAUGAGCCAGCUGUCCACCCACUACCUCACCACCUACUUUGUGGGUGAAGGACUCAGCGGCCUCCUGCCUGCCCUGGUGGCUCUUGCUCAGGGCUCGGGGCUCACUACCUGCGUCAACGUCACGGAGACACCUUACAACAUCUCAAGCCCUAGCCUCGUGAGGAAGACCGGCAUCCCACAGGGAAAUGACAGCACUCCUGCGCCUGACCUCACGGGGACGGCGCCCACCGUGGUCCAUCUGGAAAGCCGCUACCUCCCUGCCCACUUCUCGCCCUUGGUCUUCUUUCUGCUGCUCUCCUUCAUGAUGACCUGCUCCCUCCUCGCCUUCUCCCUCCUCCAGCGCCACCCCAGGCGCUGUAAGACCUCCACAGAAGACCUCCUCACCUCCCAGGUCACCCUGUACUCUAUCCGGCCACUAAGCGAUGACCUGGGCCCCUCGGCCCCGGCGGACAGCAGUAUGAGCCAGGAGCCCGCGGAGGAGAAAGCGGCCUCCCGCUACCCAGCCCACCUGCUCUUCAUCUACGGGCUGGUGGCCUUUGUGAACGCACUCACCAACGGCGUGCUGCCCUCCGUGCAGACGUACUCCUGCCUGUCCUACGGGCCUGUAGCCUACCACCUGUCCGCCACCCUCAGCUCCAUGGCCAACCCUCUGGCCUGCUCCCUCUCCAUGUUCCUGCCGAACAGGUCUCUGCUCUUCCUGGGGGUCCUCACCGUACUUGGGACCGGCUUCGGGGCCUACAACAUGGCGAUGGCGGUGAUGAGCCCCUGCCCCCUCAUGCAGGGCCACUGGAGUGGAGAAGUCGCCAUCGUGGCCUCGUGGGUGCUUUUCAUUGGCUGCCUGAGCUAUGUCAAGGUGAUGCUGGGCGUGAUCCUGCGCGACCGUAGCCGCAGCGCCCUCUUGUGGUGUGGGGCGGCGGUGCAGCUGGGCUCGCUGCUAGGAGCUCUGCUCAUGUUCCCGCUGGUCAACGUGUGGCGCUUCUUCUCCUCCGCGGACUUCUGCAGCCUGCAGUGCUCCGCCUAGGGCCUAGGCCCACGGAAAACUGGGGCCCAGGGAGCCAAGGCAAGGGCCCAAGGUCACUGGGAAAGUGUUGGGGGGGGAGGGGUCUCUGAGGCAGAGCCUGAGGACUUGAACCAUCAACACAACCCCCCCUCCUUAAGGUGGCUGAUUC